GCGCCAGUGCCAGUUCUGACAUGUGCGGGGGGCAAUGGGGACGCUGGAUUGGUCGCUGGCGGCCGUGGCAGGAGUGCGCCACAGAAGCGUUGCGAGCUCCGGGACCUGGAGCUAAAGCACGAGCUUCGGUGGCCUUUCCUCGGGGCCUCCUUCGGCCGUUGCGAGUCUUGGUCACACACAUGGCCUAGUACAGAGUACAGAGUAGUGCUGCCGCUGCUGCUGCUGUCUGGGCCUUGGCGCUAGGGUUUAGGGGGCAGGGGGUGGAAGGAACGUUUUGGGAGCAGACUUGGAGACUACUGUGGAGAGAAGAAGAAGCUGAGGAGAGGAGCGGGGGGGACCCAACACUUUGCCCAAGAGGCAGGGCAGGGCAGGCAGGCACGCAGGCAGAGCGAAUGAGGGAGUGAGACCAUGGGCCCAGUUUGUUUCACUUGAGUUUUGUCAUUCUCCUUUUCUAUCGAUUCCUCCCUAUCCACGUUGCUCGGGUCUCCUCAUCCGUCCCCGCACCUCGUCACUACACUCUUUUGCUGUUGCUGCUCUCUUGUUCUGCUGCAGCCUUGCAGUGCAGCCGAGGGAGUCUCUCAGAAGGAAGAGGUAAUCCUUUCAUCCUGAGGGUGAAGGAAGGAGCAGUCGUCGCAACAUGGCUUCUCAGCCGAAAAUCAUACGGCUCUCCCAAUCCAGCCCUCCACCUGAUCUCGAUCCUGAGGAGGAGCCUCCGGAGAAGAAGCCCGAAGUGACUUUAAUUGGAGGAAUUAUGGAGAAAGGAUUUUCUUCUUCUUCUCGUAGUGAUAAAUUGUCCGCUCCUCAGCCGAGAGUUACCCCGUUCCCAGUCGCCAGGCAUCGCUCGGAAGGUCCAUACUGGGCCCCUUUGUCGAGAAUGCCGGUGCAAUCCAGGAUGGAGGAAAAUCGAGAGGACGAGAUGGCUACAGCUUUAGCUGAUUACGCCGAACCACUGAGUAGAAACAAAGAUAGGACAUCGCCGGUAGCUAGUCAGUGGCGAAGUAACCGUAAAGCUCAUCGGAGUGAAAUCUCUCAAAACAAGAGUUCACCUUCUGAUGCUUUGAGUUCGGACAGCGCUGCUUGUCCAAUUGAACCUGACCGAGAAAGCUCUGAAUCGAUAUCAAGUGAGCGUCCAUUUACCCAAACCGAACUCGCCUUGAAAAUGGACUCGACGGAGCCACUGGAGCCGGCAGUGUUUGAUAGUGGAGCUUCGUCUGAGAAAGUGAAGACAAUCACGAGCAUGGGGUCUCACACAGAUCAUGAGGAAUUCAAUGGACAGUCACCAGGUGGAGCAAUUUGCAGAGAAUUUGUCGAUUUGCCAUGUAGUCAGUCCGAGGGGCAGCCGGUUAGUACAUCGAGUGGCAGCUCUGAGCAGUCUGACUUCGUUAACGAGAGUAGUGACCAGAGUGUACUUCGGAAGAUGCAAGAAAUUGUGAUGGGACAGAAAUCUCAGCUGGUCUCUGGCUCUGGUCCAGGAGGUAGCAACAUGGGAAUGUUGGAUGCAGUUAGUAAGGAAAUCGAUGCGGAGAACAGGAAAGCGUUGUUUUCAAUGUCUUCUGCAGAGGUUGCGGAAGCCCAAGCUGAGUUGUCAGAAAAGCUACGACCUGAAUUGGUAGAACUGCUUAGAAAACGUGGCUUGGAGAAAGAGAGGAGGCGGGUCUCAGAAUUGAAAGGAUCUGCUGCGAGUAGAUCACAGGAAGGACGUAAUCCGGAUGGGAACAUCGCGUCUGUGGGGCAGUCUAGGGGCCCCUCUGAAAGUCACUCAGAUGCAGAAAUUUUGAGCCCAUCGGUGGACGGAAUGAGAGACAUCCCUACAAAUCAAACGUCAGUGUUACAGGGUGAAUCUGCAAAUGGAGGCGACUUGCUUAGCGAAUCUGUUACAGCAGGGGACAACCGAAAUAAUGCAGAAAGCCCCGAAUCAAAUACUGAGAAGAAAACCACGUCGUCUGAUCUUUGGACUUUGAGAGUCGAGGCUGUCAGGACAAUGCGAUUCAAUAUUGAUGGCGAAGUGGUCUUUUUCGAGCCUGCUAAGGAGGAGCCAGAGACUGCGGCAUCAAGCCCUUCCGCUGCCGCAGUCAACAAGCAGCAGGAUGUUUUGAGUGCGGUCGAGCGCGAUAUGAUACGAACUGAGGGCGAUCCUGCUGGAUCUGGCUACACUCUGAAGGAAGCCUUGGGUCUUGUACGAAGCACGGUCCCGGGGCAACGAUCUGUUGCUCUUCGACUUAUUUCAGCUGUGCUGGAGAAGGCGACUGUGGGCUUUCAGAAUCAGCAGCGAAUUCCUACAUCCUUUGCAGAUUUAAAAGGGCUUGUGGAUUGGCAGGCCGUGUGGGCCUACGCACUGGGUCCUGAGGCGGAGCUAGUCUUAACUCUCAGGUUAGCUCUGGAUGAUGGGCACUCUACAGUUGUUGCUACAUGUGCCAGAGCCAUUCAAGCCCUCUUUAGCUACGCUUCGAAUGAGAGCUACUUUGAUUGCCUUGAGGGUCUGUGGCCUGGAGAUGAUCUUAUUUAUACCGCACCUAUAUUUCGAUUGAAAACAAAGCACAAUGAAGGUUUUAUAGGAAGUGGUCGCUGGAAAUACAAUGUAAAGAGGAGUGAAAUGUUCCCUUUCUCAGGGAACUCUGUCCAGGAGCAAGUUGAGGAAGAAGGAAAGGAUACAGUUGGAGAGGAUGGGCAUGUUGCCAAUAAAGACGUCGUCGCUGGUCUUGUGCGGAUGGGGCUGUUGCCACGCAUCCGUUACAUACUCGAGGUUGAAGAGCUUAUUGUUCCAGACGACGCCUUGCUGUGCGUCCUGAUUGCCGUGGCAAGGCACUCUCCCGCAGGUGCUGCUGCUGUUAUGAAUUGUCCGAGGCUUAUAGAUACGAUUCUAAGUCGAUUUCUCCUACAAUCUCGAGAAGUUCCCGAGGCAUCCUUGUCGUGUCAGCUCAAGGCUGUUCGUCUUUUGAAGGCUUUGUCUCAGGCGAGUAGAUUUAACUGCAUGUUCUUUGAGAAAUGUGGAGUGCUGGAAGCUCUAUUGAGGCCGUUUUUACAACAGCCCUCUCGAGAGUCCUUGGGUAUACAAGAUAAUAUGAGGGGGUUCCGCUCGAAUGCUAUAGAAAUUCUUCGUUUCUGGAGAGUAUGUCUCAGUUACCGGAUCGGCCUUUCUUUUUUCACUGACUGCUAUCCGACCCUCUGCAUAUGGCUAUUGCCGUUGUCCGAAGACGAGAUUCUCUGUCCACUCAACUGCCCCGUACUUGCUAUGGAAUCAUACUCUUUGCUUGAGAAGAUUGCGAGAACUCUACCAAUCCUUCACGAUAAUCUCAGUCCCACGGAUGCUCUCGCAGUACAGUUGGGUGGUACGAAAUGGUCUUGGAGUGUUGCAAUGACAAUGGUGAACACGGCUCUGAAAUGGUUAUCACCUGACCGGAUUUCCGCAGUUCUUUCGGUUGCCAAGCAAUAUAUGCAGGCGAAGCGAGAACGGUUGUCAGAGGAGAUAAAUUUAGCAUCGAGGACUAAGGAAUACCUUGGACUAUUGGGUUCUGUGUUGCAUUUUCUCGCGACCGUCUGUGAGAAGAUUGUGUCAGAGAAGGAUCUAGAAUGUAGUUUGAACAACACGAGCAGUUGUUCAUUGCCCUGGUUGCCUACUUUUGUUCCACACUUGGGAUUGGCUCUGGCCACGUGUGGGCUCCUGGAUACCGUCAGAGCUGGAGGGUACUCCAAACAUUCUAACGGUGGAACGGAGAAACCUCAUACGCUUUUCGACCACGUGUUCUUCGGCCUCUCGGAAGGAGGGAGCAUACUAGCUGCGCUCAACUGUCAACUUGCCUUGGUGCGGGUAAGCAGUAUGGUUGAUAAACUGAUCUCUGUAAAUAAACUUAAAGGGGUCCCAAUAUCAACGGAUCAGCUUGCGUCGCACGCAACAUUAGAUCAAGGUUUAGUCGUAUCGGCCGAGGGAGAACUAAGGAGAUGGGUUUCUCUUACUGGAAAAGUUAUGACUUCGCGGAACAAUACAGCGGAAAUGAGCGUUCGAGGGGGACCUGCCCCAGGUGUGGGAGUUGGUUGGGGUUCCUUGUUAGGUGGCAUAUGGUCCAGAAGUUACAUACUUGCUCAGGCUAGCGCCAGGUUGAACCUGGAAUUGAUAUCUGUGCUUUCGGUGAAGGGAACUUCGACUUUUUCCGAUGAUGAGCUUUUGGGACGCGGUGUAGCACCGAGAGCAGAAAAUGACGGGCCGGUUUUCGGUCCUUUGUGGAGAAUUAAUGCAGGUCUUGCAGUUGCUGCUUUGACAACCCCUCCAAAUGCGGAUUUGUUGGGAACAGGAUGCUCACUUACCAUCUUUCAUCCCGACAGUUUGUCGUUGCUCUUAGAAAAUAUAAAAUUAUUUUUGCGAAGUCGGAAUGGUGGAGAACCUGAAGGUAUUCAGGGCGGUAAUGAUCUUGAGCAUCCUUCUUUGCACCCUCAACAAAUGAGCAAAAUUCUUAUAAAGCAUUUACAGACAUUCUGGCUGGCCCCUAAAAAAAAGAAGAUUUCAGAUGGUGGAGAACAUCGUGCUAUUCCUGGUAAAUCAAACGGGGCCUUCAAGUCUAAAUUGUCCACAGUACAUGAAGGCAGUUCAGAAGGUGAUGACACCACCCCGGAAAGUUUGAUGCAAGAGUUUGCUGGGCAAAGGCUUCCUCUUCCGUCUCACUGGUUUCUGAGCCCACUGGUCACAGAUACAACGCGAGCUACGACGACAGAUACGGGAGCUUCAGUCGGAGAGCUUGAAGAUGUCAUCACAGCUGGGCUCGCAUUAUUUCUUGGCCUUGAAUUUUGGAUUUCGGCCACAGGACGGGCUAUCCCUCUCGUUAGGAAGAUUCAUAGCCUCUCUUGUGUAUUUGUUACCGGAGGUGACGUUUUUCUUCAGCCUCCUGCUAGGGAUAUCAUUGGGGUUCUCCAGGAUAUUAUUGGACGUCAGGUCGAGGAAAGUUUACGUACAGUUCCGGAGUCAAAUGGUGGUGACAGGUGUACGUCGAAUGGAGAAGAUCAAGGACAGUUGCAAGCACAUCGGAAUCAGUCUUCAGAACGGAUUACGCCGGAUCACAAGGAGCGAAAGCUGGACUUCGAAGGUUCUAUUGAUCCUAGCUAUAUGACUUACGCGGAGACUCUAGCCGAACAGUUCGUUGCCUCUUCUUAUGGGGACCUUGUCUUUGGAAGACAGGUGGCGCUGCACUUGUCAACUGCAGCUCCGGAUAUCAUCCGUCUUGCUACUUGGCGUGUUCUGUUCGAUGCAAGGGUGCUGGAGUUGCUUCCGCCCUUAAGUAAAUGUUGUGGCCAGUUGUCAAUAUAUCUUAGCCCAACUGAGACGGACUUGAAGAUGAUUGAAGCGUUCUUGUCUGCUUGGGCUUCCGGCGCUCUUGAUAAGGCGGCCAGCAGGAAUUCUUUGCCUUUCAGGCUUGCAUUGCAUUAUCUUGGUGGUUACAUCUUUGACAAGAGGGAUGUUGCAGACGACUUGCUGACACAAAAGAAACUUGCAAGGACUUUGGUGCGGAGCACUCUGAGGAGAUCGGAUCGACAGGCCAUGCUCAUACGACUGCUUUCUGGAGCAACGGCAAAUGACCACGCUGGGAACGCGAAGGAACAGGUGAAGACAAGAUUAGCCUUUUUGACGGAGGCUUGUGAAGGGGAUGCUUUGCUUCUAGCCGAGAUUCAACGUGUAACAAGCAUUUUGUAGCUGUUCCGUUCAUCAUUAGUCACAUGUUUUGGUGUAUCCAUCAGCUCAUCUGCAAGUUCUGUACAAUAUCCAUGUCUUAUCAAGAUGAGUCGUAAGCCCGCAGCCACUUCUAAUCUUUUUGACAGGACAGUGACGACGAGGUUUUGUAUGUCUAGUGCGAGACGCCCUUCUGACAAAUUACCGGGCCAACCAACAAAUGUUGGAAUACACAGAUUUUAGAUAAGUAGGAAGAGUCGACCUGUUUCUUUUUCCAGUGGACUGAGAUUGAGAUGUAAAGAUUUUGUUCUCAUAAUCAAAGUUAACCAAUUGUGGGGGUUUCACGAGACUCUACAACAACUUCAC